GCGCAUGUGUGAUACCGCCGGCAGAUAUGACGCGUGACUCAGCCUCCUUCAUCAGGCCUUGGUCGAGCAGAGAGCCUUCAGAAACAGCGUCCGUCUAUGGAAUUGUCCACCUGGGCCGCGUCGCUCCCAGCAGGGUCAGAGUAAAGAGACCAGGAAAAUCAUCAGCAGCAUGUCCCUCAGUGACGACGAGCAGUUCAGCAUGGCUGAGAAGGCCUGGAAGCCAACGGCGAAGAAGUCCACUCAAAGCCACGGCGCGGAGGAAGACGAAGACGACGAUCCCGAACAGGCCGACCCGGUCCCUGUUGCUCCACCUGAACCUCCCGCUGAGGUUGUAGAUGAGACCUGGGAGGAGCAAGACGACAAGCAGAAUGCAGUACCUAAAGCCACACCUGAGCCAACUGAUCAGAAAUACCAGUACAAAGAAGAACAAUGGAAGCCGAUAGACCCAGAAGACAAGAAGCGGUACGACAGGGAGUUCCUCCUGGGCUUCCAGUUCAUCAGCACCAGUAUGAACAAACCUGAUGGCCUGCCGACCAUCAGUGGUGUGGUCCUGGACAAGCCUCGCAUGGAUCAGUACUUCAACCAGAUGGACCAGAUCAUCAAAGAGAAAAAGACCUCAUCCAGAAUCAGUUUAAUGCUACAAGACGUCUUGGACCUCAGAAAGGCCGACCCGGUCCCUGUUGCUCCACCUGAACCUCCCGCUGAGGUUGUAGAUGAGACCUGGGAGGAGCAAGAGGACAAGCAGAAUGCAGUACCUAAAACCACACCUGAGCCAACUGAUCAGAAAUACCAGUACAAAGAAGAACAAUGGAAGCCGAUAGACCCAGAAGACAAGAAGCGGUACGACAGGGAGUUCCUCCUGGGCUUCCAGUUCAUCAGCACCAGUAUGAACAAACCUGAUGGCCUGCCGACCAUCAGUGGCGUGGUCCUGGACAAGCCUCGCAUGGAUCAGUACUUCAACCAGAUGGACCAGAUCAUCAAAGAGAAAAAGACCUCAUCCAGAAUCAGUUUAAUGCUACAAGACGUCUUGGACCUCAGAAAGGCCGACCCGGUCCCUGUUGCUCCACCUGAACCUCCCGCUGAGGUUGUAGAUGAGACCUGGGAGGAGCAAGAGGACAAGCAGAAUGCAGUACCUAAAGCCACACCUGAGCCAACUGAUCAGAAAUACCAGUACAAAGAAGAACAAUGGAAGCCGAUAGACCCAGAAGACAAGAAGCGGUACGACAGGGAGUUCCUCCUGGGCUUCCAGUUCAUCAGCGCCAGAAUGAACAAACCUGAUGGCCUGCCGACCAUCAGUGAUGUGGUCCUGGACAAGGCAAACAAGACUCCAAUGCGGCCUCCUGACCCAGCUCGAAUGAUGAAUGUUGGUCCUGAUUUUACUCCCUCGUAUUUGGGGAACCUUGGGAGCAGAUCAGUGGGAGGACCACGAGGCCCGCAGGGUCAGAGGAAAGAGCCCAGUAAAAUCAUCCUCAGCAGCAUGUCCCUCGGUGACGACGUGCAGCUCAACAAGGCUGAGAAGGCCUGGAAGCCCGCGGCGAAAAAGUCCACUCGAGAACGCGCCGCAGAGGAAGAGGAAAGCGAUGAUCCCGAACAGGCCAAGACUCAAGAGCUGUUCAAGCGUCUACGCAGUAUCCUCAACAAGCUGACCCCUCAGAAGUUUCAGGAGCUGAUGAGACAAGUAAUGGAUAUGACGAUAGACACGGAGGAGAGGCUGAAGGGAGCCGUUGACCUCAUCUUUGAGAAGGCAAUCUCAGAGCCGAACUUCUCUGUGGCCUACGCCAACAUGUGCCGCUGCCUUAUGGGGUUGAAAGUCCUCACCUCAGACAAGCCAGGAGUUUUUGUGAACUUCCGCAAACUGCUGCUCAACCGCUGCCAGAAAGAGUUUGAGAAGGACCAGGACGAUGAUGAAAUCUUUGAGAAAAAGCAAAAAGACAUGGAGGCUGCCAAAGAAGGAGAGGAGCGUGAGCGCUUGAGGGUGGAGCUGCAGGAUUCCAGAGACCAGGCCCGCCGCCGUUCACUGGGUAACAUAAAGUUCAUUGGCGAGCUCUUCAAGCUGAAGAUGCUGACAGAGGCCAUCAUGCACGACUGUGUAGUGAAACUACUGAAGAAUCAUGAUGAAGAGUCUCUGGAGUGUCUCUGCAGGCUGUUCUCCACAAUUGGUAAAGACCUGGACUUUGAGAAGGCCAAGCCUCGCAUGGAUCAGUACUUCAACCAGAUGGACAAGAUCAUCAAAGAGAAAAAGACCUCAUCCAGAAUCCGCUUCAUGCUACAAGACGUCUUGGACCUCAGAAAGAGUAACUGGGUGCAGGAUAAGGGAUGGAACAUGGGGGGCCGAGGCUUCCACACACCAGGACGUCGCUGGACUAGCCAGCCUCAGGAUGAGGGGUGGAACACCCGCUUUAGCAAGAUCACAAAGAGUAACUGGUUGCAGGAUGAGGGAUGGAACAUGGGGGGCCGAGGCUUCCACACACUAGGACGUCGCUGGACUAGCCAGUAUCAGGAUGAGGGGUGGAACACCCGCCUUAGCAAGAUCACAAAGCCACCUUGGCCACAUCGCUCCCACCGUGGUCACAGGAAAAAGCCCAGGAAAAUCAUCAGUCCCGAACAGGUCAAGACUCAAGAGCUGUUCAAUAGUCUGCACUGUAUCCUCGACAAGCUGACCCCUCAGAAGUUUCGGGAGCUGAUGAAACAAGUGAUGGAUCUGACGAUAGACACAGAGGAGAGGCUGAAGGGAGCCGUUGAGCUCAUCUUUGAGAAGGCCAUCUCAGACCCUAACUCCUCUAUGGUCUACGCCAACAUGUGCCGCUGCCUUAUGGGGUUGGAAGUCCCCACCUCAGACAAGCCAGGAGUUUUUGUGAACUUCCGCAACUUGCUGCUCAACUGCUGCCAGAAAGAGUUUGAGAAGGAACAGGAUGAUGAUGUAAUCAUUGCGAAAAAGCAACAAGAAAUAGAGGCUGCCAAAGAGGGAGAGGAGCGUGAGCACUUGAGGGUGGAGCUGCAGGAGUCCAGAGACCAGGCCCGUCGCCGUUCACUGGGUAACAUAAUGUUCAUUGGCGAGCUCUUCAAGCUGAAGAUUCUGAAUGAGGUCAUCAUGUACAUCUGCAUAGGGGAACUACUGAAGAAUCAUGAUGAAGAGUCACUGGAGUGUCUCUACAUGAUGCUCUCCACAAUUGGUAAAGACCUGGACUUAGAGAAGGCCAAGCCUCGCAUGGAUCAGUACUUCAACCAGAUGGACCAGAUCAUCAAAGAGAAAAAGACCUCAUCCAGAAUCAGUUUAAUGCUACAAGACGUCUUGGACCUCAGAAAGAGUAACUGGGUGCCUCGUAAAGGAGAUCAGGGUCCUAAAACAAUCGACCAGAUCCAGAAGGAGGCAGAGAUGGAGGAGCACAGGGAACACAUGUCCAAGAAAGAGGGAGGAGGUGGAGGAGGAGGAGGCGACAGGAUGGGAGGGAACAAUGCAGUUAAGCGUGAGAGCGCCCCCACUCCUCCUCCCUCUCUUCCAAAACCUGCCUUGAGUGAAGAGAAGUUGGAGAAGAAGUCGAACGCCAUCAUUGAAGAAUACCUCCACAUUAAUGACUUGAAGGAGGCGUUGCAGUGUGUGACAGAACUCAACAGUGCCUCACUGCUCUACGUGUUUGUGCGGAACGGCGUGGAGUCGACGCUUGAGCGCAGCACCGUGGCUAGAGAGCACAUGGGCAUGUUGCUGCACCAGCUCGUAAAGGCGGAGGUAUUGCCCACAGAGCAGUACUACAAAGGGCUAGAAGAGACCCUGGAGGCUGCGGAAGACACGGCCAUAGAUAUACCUCACAUCUGGCUCUACCUGGCUGAACUCAUUAUCCCCAUGCUCCAUGAGGGAGGCAUCCCUAUGGGACAGCUCUUCAGGGAGAUCUCCAAGCCUCUCGUGCCUCUGGGGCAGGCUGGCGUGAUGCUGGUACAGAUCCUCAAGUUGCUCUGCAAAGAGAUGACCCCUAAGAAGGUCGGGGCCAUGUGGACAGAGGGUGGGCUGAAUUGGAGUGAUUUCCUACCCGAGGAUGAAGACGUCAACAAGUUUGUCACUGAGCAGAAAGUGGAGUUCACCACUGGAGAGGAGACGGAGUCAAAGGAAGUGGAUGAGAAGAAGGUCCUCACUGGAGAGGAGACGGAGUCAAAGGAAGUGGAUGAGAAGAAGGUCCUCACUGGAGAGGAGACGGAGUCAAAGGAAGUGGAUGAGAAGAAGGUCCUCACUGGAGAGGAGACGGAGUCAAAAGAAGUGGAUGAGAAGGCUAACUUGGACGAGCAGCAAACUGCUUCCAACCAGUUCGUACGAGCACUGAUGACGUCAGUGUGUCAGUCUGCCAUCAUAGGUGACAACUCGUACAGGGUGGAUGCACAGCAGAUCAGCCGGAGAGCCAGUCUGCUGCAGAGAUACCUGUCUGAUGAGCAGAAGGAGCUGCAGGCCCUCUACGCCCUCCAGGCUCUGAUGGUGCACAUGGAGCAGCCAGCAAACCUCCUGCGGAUGUUCUUUGACGUCUUGUACGACGAAGACGUUAUUGAAGAGGAGGCCUUCUACAAAUGGGAAACCAGCAAAGACCCUGCGGAGCAAACAGGCAAAGGUGUGGCCUUGAGAUCAGUCACCGCCUUUUUCACCUCGCUCCGUGAGGAGGAGUUGGUGAUAGAGGAGGAGGAGGAGUGGUCUGACUAGGAAUAAAAGACUGAACUGAAAGUUGCCGCCCCCCUUUGGCAAGGCGGGGGCUCUGCAGGCGGCUGCAUUUUUGCUUGAGAAAUUACAUAAAUAUCAAAAUAGUGUAUUGAUUAAUCAGCUCAUCAUUUCAGCAUUAAUAUUUUGUCUGGUGUUCCAGAUACAGUCAGCACUGUUAUGUUGCUGAUAAUGUUCACUUAUUGGGGAUUGGGGAUUAUUAGUGGUUCUAAUUUGUUUUGAGUGUUUGUAUAUAAAAAUGAACACAAACCAACAGACAGUGAAUGUGGGGCUUGUUGGUAAUCUUUUGUUUUAUUUUAAAUAUGUCUGUUAACGUGAUAAUAACAUUAACUAGUUCGUUUUAACGCCACUAAUUUCUUGCCACUAAUGUUGUGUUGUUGGCACAACUGACAGCCGUAACCAUCUUGAAAUAACUGCAGUUCCUCUCUUUUGUGCCACAGAGCAGCAAAACGCGUUUUUAAAUUCCAGUUUUAUUUUUUUCUCCUUUUCUUUCCCUUGGUUUGGAUAUAUAUAUAUAUAUAUAUAUAUAUAUAUAUAUAUAUAUAUAUAUAUAUAUCCCUUCUGUUGUCCUCGGGUCAGAUUUGACCAGUUUUUCAAACUUCAUUAUAUCAUAAAUAUAGAUUUAUUUAAUCUAAUUGCCCCAAAAUAACAUGGAUGGUUGCCUACUGUGGUCUUUGCACAAAUAUUGUCACUACUUUUGUUGAAUUGUGGGUGUUUUAUUCAAAUCUAUAGCAUCUGUGGUCUUCCCGAGUCAAAAUUGACAGGAAGACCACAAGUGUCAUUAUGUGCUGCUAUUAAAAAAAUGUAAUGCUUUCAAAACAUUAUUCUGACUAAAAGUUUACAUAUACCAGUAUGUGAUAAUCCAU